CCAGUGAUUAAUUCAACCGCUUUGAUGCUACUGCGCAUGCUGCAGGUGCAAAUGCAGCCUCCAUCUUGAGCAUCCUGAUGCUAAGUAGACUGCAAGAAUUAAAGAUAGCCGAUUUAAGCCUGAGCGACAGAGAGAUGUGUUGUUAGGUAAGACAAGUCAGGAACGCCAUCCAGAAGCUCUGACAGCUGCGUGAUGAUUUGCUGCGAGGCCAGUUAAAGUCAUUUAUGAAGAUGGCUCGCCGUCUGCAGUCUCGGCUCCGCUAGAUAGAAUGCACGAUUGAUCGGGGUAACCGAGCCUGCUGUUGCGGGAGAGAAUACAAAACAGCACGGUUGCAUUUUCAUGGUUCGCGCCUAAGAUGAAGGCAGUAAAGUUGUCCUAUCUUCUCCUUGUCCUGACCUUAUUUGUAUGGGAGUGCUCUUCUAAAGAGAAGUCUUCAAAGAAAGGGAAGGUGAAAAGGAAGCAAUAUCUUUGCCCAUCACAACUGUCAGUGGAAGAUCUCGCCCGAGUGCCAGCUAACUCUACCAGCAACAUUUUGAACAGACUGCUAGUCAGCUAUGACCCAAGAAUUAGACCUAAUUUUAAAGGCAUUCCAGUCGAUGAUAAAGUCAACAUUUUCAUCAACAGUUUCGGUUCAAUACAGGAAACGACAAUGGACUACCGUGUUAAUAUUUUCUUGAGACAGAGAUGGAACGAUCCCAGACUCAGGCUCCCUACUGAUUUUAAAUCAGAAGCCUUAACUGUAGAUCCGAAAAUGUUCAAAUGCCUUUGGAAACCAGAUUUGUUCUUUGCCAAUGAAAAAAAUGCCAAUUUCCAUGAUGUUACACAAGAAAAUAUCCUUCUCUUCAUAUACCGCAAUGGGGACGUUCUUCUUAGUAUGAGGUUAUCUGUCACUCUUUCCUGCCCUCUGGACUUGACCUUAUUCCCAAUGGAUACUCAGAGAUGCAAGAUGCAGUUAGAAAGCUUUGGCUAUACAACAGAUGACUUGCGCUUCAUAUGGCAAUCGGGAGACCCUGUUCAAAUGGAACAGAUUGCACUUCCCCAGUUUGAUAUAAGACAAGAAGACAUUGAGUAUGGAAACUGCACAAAGUACUACAAAGGGACAGGAUAUUAUACAUGUGUAGAAGUUAUCUUCACCUUAAGACGACAAGUUGGAUUUUACAUGAUGGGUGUCUAUGCUCCAACUCUUUUAAUUGUUGUUCUUUCCUGGCUUUCCUUCUGGAUCAAUCCUGAUGCAAGUGCCGCCAGAGUUCCAUUGGGGAUCUUCUCAGUGCUGAGCUUGUCAUCAGAAUGCACAUCUCUUGCUUCAGAGUUGCCAAAAGUUUCCUACGUAAAAGCCAUUGAUAUUUGGCUCAUCGUCUGCCUCUUGUUUGGUUUUGCAUCCCUGGUCGAAUAUGCAGUGGUUCAAGUGUUUCUUAACAGCCCUAAAAGAAUUGAAGCUGAAAAAGCCAAAAUGGUAAGCAAGGAAAAAGCUGAAGCUAAAGCCCCUGCAAAGAAGAAUACGGUUAAUGGAACCGGAGGCACGCCAGUUCAUAUCAGCACUUUACAGGUCGCAGAGACAAGAUGCAAAAAGGUUUGCACUUCCAAGUCUGACCUGAGGUCAAAUGAUUUUAGUAUAGUUGGAUCCUUGCCAAGAGAUUUUGAACUCUCAAAUUAUGACUGUUAUGGGAAGCCAAUAGAAGUUAACAAUGGCCUGGGGAAGUCUCAAGCAAAAAACAAUAAAAAGCCUCCUCCACCGAAACCUGUCAUACCCUCUGAGGCUAAACGAAUUGACCUUUAUGCAAGGGCUUUGUUUCCCUUUUCCUUUCUCUUCUUUAAUGUAAUAUACUGGUCAGUAUACUUGUGAUAAUUUUCUUUUCAUUUCAUUCAUGUACGAUAUAUUGGCUUUCAUGAUGUUCUGCCCUAAGGCCGGUGUGACUUGUUCUGCAUCUGUAAAGCAUCAUGUUAUGUAUAUUAUAGGUGCUGUACAGUUGGGUACAAAGGAAAACAUGAAGCAUCAGUAUUUGAGUUGACAGCAUGACUUUGCAAUGUCGAAGCUCAAGCCAGAAUUUGUUGUAAAAAAAGAAAAAGAUGUACAGCAGAUCCCAUGCUUGGGAACAUUGGGUAGAAAAUUGCAUACAACUUGUAAUGUAAAGAGAAGAUUUUCUUUUGUUCUAUUUAAAAAUAAAUGCAGUUUCUGAUAACAUGCACGUUUAACAAAUGAAAAAAUAUAUAUAUAAGAGAUAUAUAAAUAUAUAUGAAGAAAUGUCUAAUACAUUUUAUGUAAUAUUCUCAAAAACAGUAAAUCUUUAAAGCAAUGGUGGACCAUCUUGUUCUUUCUUUAAUGGUUGAUGGCAUUGUCUCCCCAUGAAAGAUAUCUUAGAAUGAACACAAGUUGUAUCUUAUGUGAAUUUGUAAUAAAAGUAUUACAUUAUUCUAUCAAUGUACAACUUGAAAAUAAACAAAUAAAGUUCAUAU